AUGUCGACGUCCAACCUGGGCGAGUUUCGCCACAUGCGCACCGGCAGUCUCAACAUUCCACCACAAGCCGGUCACUCGAGUGGUGGUGGGAUAAUGGCUCCCAUGCCCGCCGCCGCCCAUCGCUUCGAUGCAUCACGAAGCCCACCCAACACCUCGCACGUCCCAUGCAAGUUCUUCCGACAAGGCGCCUGCCAGGCAGGCAAUGCAUGCCCCUUUAGCCACGACCUGAGCUCGGCCGCCGAAAACGUUUGCAAGUACUUUGCCAAGGGCAACUGCAAGUUUGGCCCAAAGUGCGCCAAUAUCCAUGUGCUCCCCGAUGGCCGCCGCAUCAACUAUGGCAAGAACGGUGUGACGAUAGGUGUUCCCCCCGGAGUCGCCCUCGGUGCCCGCGUGAACCCGACGACAUACCAUCAGCCGGCCAGCAGUGCCUUGACCAACUCUUUUAUGCGCGCAGAUUCUCCAUACAACGCCACGGCGUUUGCGCUGCAAGAUGAACUCUACAGCCAUCAGCUGGCUCUCGAAAGCGGCGUGCCCACGAUCGACACCACCUCGUACACUUCCAACCCUGCUUCCGCCUACGGAUCACCACGAGACGAGGAGCCAAACCGCUUUGGACUGGGUCUUUCUCCCAACAUCAAAGGACUUUCGGUGCUGGAUGCUCCCCUCCCGGCGUCAUUCGACAGCAACGGGAUCUCACAUGCGGCCAGGGACGGUCCUUGGCCAUCUUCAGUCCCGGCCCAGUUUGGAUUGGACUCGCCUUCCUCCUCGCUCAGUGCCGCCAAGAGUGGUCGUACUUCGGAUGCGUUGAGGCACUUGCACGCGUCUGCCUUUGGAAACAGCCACCUGUCACCGUCAGGACUUGCAACACAGGACAUCUCAGGCUUUGGUAGCAGCCCGCCUUCCGGUUCUCUUGGAUUCAGCUCGGCGCUGGGUGGUGAUGAGUACUUUGGAAAGCGGCCUAUGCACAGCAACGCUUCGCGAUUCGCCAAGAUCCGCAUGAUGAGCAGCAGCGUGCCCAAAGUCGACAUGGAUUGGGAUGAUUCCGAGCAGUUCCUCUUUGAGGAAGAUUAUGUGCCAGGCACGCUGGCCAACGAGGUGCUGACGCCGACAGAGAGGGCGAGGAGGGGCUCUACAACCAACACAAUCCGUGGCAUGGACGCCCUCAACCGUGAGACGAUCGCUGAAUCCUGCCCGCCUGCCCCCAUCACCAAGUUCGGCACUCCCAUUCAACCUUCCAGCCCUGGCCGCUGGGGUCCGUUGUGGGGGAGGCAAAAGGAGGAUGACGGCCACCCGGAGACGGGCCGGUCUUUUAAGCACGCCUCGGCAUUCGGCCAUGUGGGAAGCCCGCUCCGAAACUCGAGCCUUGCCAGCGCCAUCACAUCAGGGCUGGAUGGAAACACGGUGGGAGUGUCGGCCCUGACUCAGCAGCUUCGAGACACCCAGCUGUCCGACGACGGUUCGGCUGAUUCAAGCCCCCAUAUCCGGCCCAAUGUUCCACGCAAUGCCAACGGAGCAGGCGUCAUUGGCGAAUCCAGGGAUAAGGAUGGGGGGCUGGCAAGACAUGUCAGCAGCACCUCAAUAGGUUCGAGCGCUACUGGGCGCUUCAAGUCCCCAAUGGAUGAAGAGGAGGCCGCAUUUGUGUUCAGCAUGGACGACGAAGAUGAUGCCCAGGCGAGGGCUCGCAAGCGCGGAACCGGAAACCAACAAGUGAACAGUACUGCCAGCCCUCUGAGUGCCGCUGCCUGGUCCAACAGCUACGCCACGGUCGUUGCCAAUAACAGAUCUGCCGGGGCCAACGGCGAAGGCAACAGCGGCACUGGUGCUGUUGAAGCGGUCGGUGGAAGAUAA